CGCUAGAUCGCGGCGUGAAGCCGUUUCUUGUCUUGAGACAGCUGUAGUCCUCGGGUAGGAGAGGCCGGGUAGCUAAUCAAGACAAGUCAGUCGAGUGUGCAUUGCGAAGGAACGUGCAGGUUGCCGCACGACUUGUCACAGCACACACCACUGGCAGUCGCAGUCACACAGCAUUGGUCACAGUGGACUGCGUGACUCGCCUGUGCACGUGACGACGAACAGUGGGAUCGUAAUCGUGGGCAGGUUAGUUCUCUACAACUACCUGGAGGAUCCACCUCACUUUGUCCGCUGAUUGGAAGUGAAUUAAGAAGAAAUAAAAGCGUUCUCGGGGACCUGUCAGCUUCAGCAGCAUCACGGAGUCUCUGUUGAAGCAUUGAGACCAGAAGCAUGACAAACUAUACAUCAGUUCCCAUCGAAGAUCACUGGGAAAAGCCGUUGACUUUGAGGGAGAAAUGGAAAAACACUACAGAGAUGGUUCCCCACAUGGCUCCCACGCCAAGACCUCUUUGCGCGUUUUGUUCGUAUUCCAAGCCGUCACUCAGUUGUACGUCACACUCAACUACCUGGUGCCGUUUAUCUUCGCCAGUUUCGACCCCUGGACUCAGUACUUCCUGAAGGUGUUCGUCGUGUACGUGUGCAUAGUGACGUGCGCCAACUGGCUCUGCACCAUCUGCUUCAGCAGCAAAUACGUGGCAAGCAGGGACAGACCUGAUCUCGACACUCGUUACUCCGGGGAAACACCUGCCGAACAUUUUGGCGCCAACAAGUCGCUGUCGCAGCCAUACCCCUCCGAAAGGACAGACCCCAGUGCUGCGGCCAAUGGCCACCACCUGCUGGAGGUGAGUGAGAAGGGCGGCAUGCCGUGGCACUACUGCAGCAGGUGCCGGAUGUUUGUACCUCCGCGGACCAGCCACUGCAAGUUCUGCAACGUGUGCGUGCUGCGCCGCGACCACCAUUGUCACAUGAUGGGGGUGUGCAUCGGCCACUGGAACCAGCGCUACUUCGUGGUGUUAGCGGGCUACUGCAUCAUCGUGGGUUACAUCGGCGCCUACAUGACCCUCUCGUGGCUCGGCCACCAUCACGACUCGCAGUCCUCGCUGUGGAGAUAUUUUCUGCCCUAUUCUUUUUACCUGGUGCUGACUGGCUCCAUGGACGUGACCACCGGCCUGUUGGUCUUUCCACGCCUACACCCUGUGCUUCGUAGCACCUGUCAGCAACAUGUACUUCCUGUCCCAGCUAGCUCUCAUCGCCCAAGGCAAAACACUGAGCGAAGCAGUGAGGAAGGCAAAGAUGAAGGUGACUAUGCCAUACAGGAGAAGGUUUGAGCUUGUCUUCGGCGACUACUGGGGCAUCAAUUUUCUUUUCCCGGCUGUCAUCAUCUUCAAGCAAAGCAACAACGGUCUGAACUACGACGGCAUUAAAAUAGGCUAACUUGCUGCUCCCUGGUCUUCACCUGGACAUUCCCCUCUUGUUUCCCCGUGCGGACGAGAAUAUCACGACAGAUUUAUUACUGGCAUUGUCUUGUGGACAGGAAUUUAUAUGUUAUGAACACAUGCACAAUCACAGAGACGUGCAUGCUGACAUUGCUGUUCAUGGCUGUUGUCCCAAAGUUUUUAGAUGAAGACGGCAGUCCAGUGGUCAGUUCCGUAUGGAAGAUUACUAAGGUUGUAUGCAGGUGUUAUAAAUAUAAUGCAGCCUGUGAGGCAGACCUGUAGUCUGGUUUAUGACUACGACCAUAGAAUUAAUUCCUUCAUGCAGUGUGUUAACACUAACUCUCCUGCGCAUUUCAGUGUUUCUCUUACUGUCCAGUUCAUUGCAAUGUGGUGGACUGACUGCCCUGGACAAGCAUUGGAAUCAAUGUUAACAAUCUAUCAUACCACGAUUUGAGUGCAACAUACCAUAUUUAUGAUCACAGUUGACGCGAUGGUUUGUUUUGAAAAUGUGUGAGUGUGUACUGCUCAACUUCAAGUUGUAUUCUCUCUCUUGACAGUAAUUUUGCCUGUCUUCACAUGCAUUUCCUCACGGUGACAUGCUCUGGAGCUUGCUGCAGAGUUUUCCAGGUGGAACGUUUGUCACGUGCAAAUCAUUCCACUAUGGUGCUUUCCUCGUCUCUUUUCCUUCGCCCCUGUGUAGUUGCUGCAUCUCUGCCAGUCACAACAAUCCUGACCUCUGUCCACAUACUGUCCUUAGACCUCAGGGUAGUAGUUGUGAGAAGUUUGAUCUUUCAGAUAUUUCUCUGGAUGUGUAUCCAACUUUGAAUAAGAUUUUCUGUGAUUGUGUGUGACAUUUGUUUGUGACUGUGUGAAUAUUGAGAUAGAUGUGUGUGAAACACUGGUUUGCCGCUGAAUCAGGCUUGCAGACCUAGUGCUUGUUUGUACUAAGGUGUUUUAUGAGAAGAGAGAUUCAUCCAAGAAAAUUCAAAUACAUUUUCAAAAAUACAUAGAGGUUUCAGUUUUUUUCUUUUUAUAUCGUUGACUUUCAACCAAAACAUUUAACAUGUAUCAAUAGUGGUAAUGUGGUAUUGUUGUUGGUGGUAGAAGCACUAGAACGAAUGUCAGGGAUGAUGGUGGUGGUGUUGGUGGCGUCGUUUCAAUAAGGAAGACGUGCCUGAACUGUUUAAGAGACAAACUUUCUUCCAGCCAGUUAUACAGCGUCUAAACCUCAUUCCAGUAGAAAUGUUCGUCUUGGUAGAACUCUGUGUGUGUGUGGUGGAGGGAGCGAGAGAAAGGAGUGCAUGUUCAGGAAUAUGUAUGUGUUUUAUAUAUAGAUAUUGUGUGUAUAUGAAUGGAUGGGUGGCUAUGAGCGCGCAUUUCCUGGUGACUAUGGUCUUAGAUCGAAAUGUUGAUGUUAUUGUCCCUGUGUAUGUCAGAAUUUCUUGACACGAUAGUUAGGUCCGAAAGCAAACCUCUGGCUGGCUAAUUAGGAGAGCCUGUCUAGAGACCAUGCAUGGGACAAUAACAACACGAGCUGACCUGGCCCAGCCUGGUCAGGUUGCGAGGGGAGUGGCUGGUGAUGUGGAGGUUUGGGAGAGGGAAUAGAGGUAUGGUUCGUGUCUCAUCCACUUCCUGACAACUGAUAGUCCAGAAUUUAUAAUUAGUCGCAGGCAGCGUCCUCUGCAUCUGUGGCGCCGAUGGACUUGAUUUGCAUUGGUCACACCAUUGGUCACGCCGGCAGGUAAUUUGCGAGUUUGCUGGAGCUCGGCACCCACCCAACGUCUUCCUUCAGACCUCCUUUAACUCUCGAAACGAAACAUCAGAGCUACUCUAGUCUUCCCAGCAGACACUAACAGAGCGGCCAUCAAGUAGGAGUUAGAGAAAAGUGGUGAUCAAGUAGGCAUCACAUGAAAGCAGUGAUCAAAGAGGCAGCAUCACUGAUUCAGUAGACAUGACCAGUUUAUUACCGGUCCUGUCAGUCCUCACAAUGACGUCACUCUGGCCUCCAAUGACGUCAUCACAAAGCCAAGACGAAGGCGAGCGCCUGUCCAGGUUGGAGCGGACAGUGGAGAUGUUGACACGACACUUGAUGAUGUUGCAAUUGUCGCAGGAGGAAGCAAGGCGAUCCGACGGUGACUCCGGUUUGAAACAGAUUCGUUUUGCCAGAGACGGCACACGCCCCUACUUCACAAAUACACACACCGGCUCCAGCAUGGCGGCCAUGCAUGACCACGCAGACAUGCCCCGCACGUGCGGUCUCGGGGAGUUUGAAGCAGUGCUCAAUGGCGUCCACUUCCGCACACGUCACAAUGACUACCUCCUGCGCAUGCCCGCGAGCACAAGGGUAUACCACGCCACAGACGACGUUCCUUUCCCUCCCGUGCCUCCUCGUGUGAGGGACAAGGCAUCGGUGGAAGAGCAAAUUGCGGAGAUGAGGGAAUGGUUCAAAGCGUGGAAGGAUGGUAACAUCACAGACAAAGAGACUACAGGCCCUACUUUAGACCAUUGCUGUGUUACCUGGAGGGAGCCUGGACAACUGACUCCACUUUGGAAGAGCCGUUUCAGAGUCGAAGACAUCGCAUAGAAGCUGUUGAGUGGGCAGAUCUUCAGG